CUGCAGCGCAUAUUCGAAACGAGGCUGCUCGUGUCGAGGGUGGAUAUUUCCGAGAAAUCCCGGACUCGUCUGCUGCGCUGCUAGAUACGCCUGGAUUCUCGCCCGCGUCUCUCGUCCCCUGUUGUUCCAUCGGGAGGGCGAAGUGCUCAUGCGGGCUUGCUUCUGUACACAGGCAAGGUGACCUCGGCUCCAGCCUGCAGUCUCGCCUGCCCGUUCCCGGCUUCACUUCCUCUCCCAGGCGGGGCGAGCGAUCCAUCCCCAGGCUGUCCGACACCCGGAGGAGCCUAGAAAUGACUAGAGUUCUCUGGCACAGCAAGCCUCAAGUGUUACAGGCCUACUCCUGCGGACAGCUGUUCCAAGCGCGGAGGGCAACAAGUUCCGCCUUUAUGGAGAUGAAGCUCUUUCUUCAGCUUUGGCUCCACUGAUUCCAAAGGAACGCCGAGCUCAUCUCGGGCAUUGUUGUGCCUUAAUGGGGAAUGACAGGACCUCGCCGUGGUGAGCCGUGGUAAAUUGAAGAAAGCCUCACCCCCCCCCCCCCCGUUGAGAGUUCAUGCCAACGUUUUUGGUGUCCGCUUUGAAGCCUUCAGGCUGGAAAUCCUCCUGGAUUGUACGCGAGUUUCUCCGGGGGAAUUGAGCUCAGCGCAGGGAAGAAUCUCAGCUCAGCAGGGCCCCUGCAGAAUGCGUUAGCUAGUCCUUGUUUGGGUUGCGUCUGAGGGCUCUGGUUAGGGGAUUUGCGCUUCAUACGGGCGGGCGGUGUAUGUUUUCGCCGCUUAGGGAUCUAGCUCUAAAGCCACUUCUGAAUCGGGUUCAUUCCGGUUGAGCCAUUUUCUGGUGGUCAUGAGCGUUCAGGAUGAACGUACAAAAGUUUUAACUUUGAAGGUCCUGUUUUUAAAAGGAGGAAACCCUUUUGCUUUUGUGUUUUAGUGUGUAGACACACAAGGAGAUGUCCUAGUACCUUCCAAAGAUUUUUCUUCAUUUCUAGUUUCCCCUGAAACGGGCUGGGAAAGUCCUUAGCAUUUUGGUUCUUUGCACUUGCUGGUAGCAUGUGUGAAAAGGCCAAGGCCUCCUCCUGUUUUUUCUGUGACACGCUGCCUUGCGGGGGCUUUCUUGACGUGAUUUUAAUGUGUCGGAGUCGCCAGAACCUUCUUCCUGAGGCUGUGCUGGGGCUCGGUGGAGAACUUUGAAGCAGUGGUUCCAUGCAGCGUUCUGGCAUUCAGGAAGUGGACCGGAAAUCUGUGAAACUCUGGAAUUGGAUGGUUUGAGGAUGCCUCAAAUGAGCUCGUCAUCGUCUCCCAAGAAAGAGAGCCGACCCCAGCGCUGGAUGUAAGAGUCGUUUGAAGGAGUGUUUCCGGUCACCUUGAGCCGCCAGGGCAACUUGAGGAAGGAUGUCUGGGAAGGGGACGCAGAAGCUGGUGGCGGCCCAGGCUGCGCCCGUCCCCAUCCCGACGCUGACCGUCCUGCCCCCCUCUUCCGACACCGAGGCCUGGUCAUCGCGGUCUCCCAGCCCCCGGCCCAGGAGGCCGCGCAAGGGAAGGCAGGCCACCGCGGAGACCAACCUCCUCCAGCUGCCGGGCGCCGGCGACGUCCUCGCCCACUCCAGCGACGAGGAGGCGCCCUCCUGGUCGCGCUGCUCCACCCCCAGCGCCUCCCCGCGCCGUCGGCGGUUCCUCCUCCAGAAAUGGCUCCACCGGGACCGGCCGGACCGGGCUGAGGGAGCAGGAGUCAGCGACGAGUGCAGUACGGCCAGUAACUCCCCUCGCAGCACUCCCAGCAACUCGCCGGCGGUGCGCAGGCGGCUCCUGGUGGCCAGCCUGUCCGCCCGUUCCUGCGACAGCGAGGGGGCGCCCACCCCGGACCGCAUCUCCGACGCCAACCUGGCCCCCGGACCCCAGCCGGCCCCCAGCUACCCCCUGGCCGCCCGCAACUUCGCCCGCAAUGCCAAGAAAAUGCAGAGCUGGUACAAUGUCCUCAGCCCGACAUACAAGCAGAGGAACGAGGACUUCAGGAAGAUUUUUAAGAAGCUCCCUGACACUGAGCGUUUGAUAGUGGGUAGGUGUUGGCUGGGACGCCGCUGCUUAUGGACCAGGCCUCUUCUCUCGUGGCUCUCUCUGUCUCAGAUCACUAUUCAGCUGAAGGAUAUCACGAGCCUGACGAAGGAGAAGACGGCCAAGCUCAUUCCCAACGCCAUUCAGAUCAGCACGGAAGCUGACAAGCACUUUUUCACCUCGUUUGGAGCCCGGGACCGCAGCUACAUGCUGAUCUUCAGGUUGUGGCAGAACGCCCUCUUGGACAAGCCUCUGUCCCCGAAGGAGUUAUGGCACAUCGUGCACCAGUGUUAUGGCACGGAGCUGGGCCUGACCAGCGAAGACGACGACUACGUGUCUCCCACUGAGCACAUCAACGGGCUCAUUCCGGGGGAGGAGGUGGUGUCCGAGCUCUUGGAGCUGACCGGCAGCGACCCUCCGUCUCGGAACAGCGUGGACCUCAAGCUGGAUCCCAGCCCCCUGGUGGACCGGCAGGGGUCCAGCCGCCUGCACACGUCGCUGGAGAGCAGCGACGGGCCUUCGUUCCUGGAUGACUCGGAACCUCGCUCUGACAGCCAGCAGGACGUCUCGUCCAAUCAUACGCUGACACCCCUGUCCGAGAGGGUCAAGGGGGAGGGCCCUCUGAGUAACCUCUCCUCAUUGGACAUCGCCAAUGACGACGACUUGCCCACCGACCUCAGCAACUCCUCUGACACGCAGGAAGAGAGUGAGGUGGAGGCUUUCUGCGCCGACCUGAAUGGGCGUCUUCACAUCAACGCGGUGUACCGGAUCGGGGUGGACCGACUGUACGAGCUGCUGUUCGCCGACUCGCACUUCCUGCAGGACCUCUUUGAGCAGCGCCGGUUCACGGAUCUGACCAUGAAUGACUGGCACCAAGAGAACAGUGGGAACUCCACCAGAGUGCUGACCUACACCAUUGCCAUCAACAACCCACUGGGACCAAAGACCGCCCCUGUGGUGGAGACACAGACCCUGUACAAAAGCAGCCAGAAACAUGAAUGCUAUGUGGUGGACUCUGAGGUCAUCACACACGGCAUCCCCUACCAAGACUACUUUUACACCGUGCACCGCUACUGCCUCACCAGCGUGGCGCGGAACAAGUGCCGGCUCAGGGUUUCCUCGGACAUCCGUUACCGGAAACAGCCCUGGAGCCUGGUGAAGGCCCUGAUCGAGAAAAACACCUGGAGUGGCAUCGAGGAGUACUACAGACACCUAGAAAUGGAGGUGUCGAAGCUGGAGGCCCUGCUGCAGACCGACGUGGUGGUCGGGGAGGCCCCCUGCAAGGGGCCCGGGCUGCGCCGGCGCAAGCGCGCCUCCGGCCGCCGGGGGGCGCUGCACGACGCGACGGGAGCGGCGGGUCCUCUCUCGGAGAAGGAGCGGCCGGCCAGAGGCGGCACAGGGGCUCAGUAUUUUAAACUGGGAGAGCGAUCGCAAGGAGGAAACCUCUCCACUAUCCUUCUUAUCGUCAGCUUCAUGAUCUGUGUCAGUCUGGUGGUGCUGGUGGCCCUGAACAUGCUGCUGUUCUACAAGCUGUGGUCUCUGGAGAGGGCAGCGCACACGCUAGAGACCUGGCAUUCCUACGCCCUGACUGACAGCAAGCUCCCUCAGACGGCCUCGGAGUGGGCUCAGAUCCUGGAGCUGCAGAAGCAGUUCCACCAGGCGGAGAUUCAGAAAUGGCAGCAGAUCCUGAAGGCGUCAGUGGGGCUGCUGGACGAGAUGAAGCUUUCGCUGGAGAAGCUGCACACUGGGAUCACCACUCCAGAAGUACAACAAGACCCCCAGGCCCAGCCAGAGAGCAAACUUCCCCAGCAGUGACAUCCCUUCUCCAGCCCGCGCUAAAGUACAGACUGCCCUCACAGCGGACAGGAGUUUUGUGGGGACUGUUCAUGCGGGCUGUGUUCAGAGAUCUGAGCCUGCUCCUCUUUGUAUCUCUGCCCUGUUCCCUCCAGACUGACCCAGCACGCGCCGGCUGGACUCAACCGACCUCUGUACUGUAACUUCUCCGUUCCUUCCGCAAGGAAAUGACCCAUUUAUCAAGUCAUUUGUUUGGACUUUUUAAUGUCGCAGUAUUUAACAGGACGUCGAAGAGGCCAAGAACGUCUCUAGACCUGCAUCACAAACAUCAGAUAGAGUACAGACUAAGAAAUAGAAAAACGCAGAUCA